AUGCUUCUCGCCGCAGACUUGCAACUGGGAAGGAUGGGGUAUGAACGCGUUGAGCGUCAUGUCUAUAUGAUUAUAGGCCAAGUACACCAACGUCUUCAGGAGCUGGGAAAGCUCCGCGAGAGAUAUGCGCUCCGUGAUGAUGUCGUGACCGAAAGGGUUCAGGCUUCGAAGCCUGUGAAAAUCGGGGCCAACAACGAGAUCCCAACUGCCAAGCCGCUGUUCCAGAACCGCCAAAUCGCCGAGGCGCUCUCCAAGGACGCAAGCGUUCGCCAGCGUCGAACGAGGGUGGUCAGCUUCUUCCGCAGGGUCAACUUCACGUGGUCCUUCAACGACGACACCAACGAUAGAGACAGCAUCAUGGCUCAUAUCCAGACGCUCAAGGACUGCAACGACGCGCUGCGAGAAUGCUUGCCACCCCUCCAACAACAGGCGGCGGACCGAAUCGUUAACUUGAAGACCCUCGCCUUGUCGUCAACACCCUCUGAUUUGAGGGGCAUCGGAAACGCUGCUUCCUCUGGCGUCACUGACAAGGAGCUCAAGGAGAUUGAAGUUGACAGCUCGAGGUUUGCUCUUGAUGACUAUGACGAAGAUUCCCUUCCAGCAGGCUCGAAUAAAAGGAGCGCUGGACACCCAUACUUCUCGGCGCUUCCACAUUGCGAAGGCUUCUUUGAGAAGAGCCGAACGUGCUUCGCUCUGGUCUACCAGCUGCCCCCGUUUGCUGUCGACAACCAGCCGCCGUUAACCCUCUACUCAAUACUUCCGCGGAAUAUGCACUCGGUCGCGGACGAAAAGGUCAGCACCAGCAAAAGCUUCCUCCCCUCUCUCGAGCAGCGUUACGACCUCGCGGCGGCCGUCGCAGACGGUGUCCUCUCUCUCCUCAGUGUCGACUGGAUGCAUAAGACCAUCAACAGCCGCAACGUCGCGCUCUACAAUGCCCGCCCGGCCACCGGGGCCUCGUCUUCUCUCGCCGGCCCCGGCCCCACUCACGGACUCGACUUCCGGGCCCCGCAGCUCCUCGGCUUUGGGCUCUCCCGACCCGAGCGGCUAGGCGAGCGCACUGUCGACCUCCGAGACAGCGGGCGGUCGUCGUGGCGUUUCUGGCUGCACCCCAAGCUGCGGUAUGACGGCCCUCACCGGCAGUUCGAGCGGGCCUUUGACGUAUACGCUCUGGGCGUCGUGCUCUUCGAAAUUGGCAUGUGGCAAGAUGCGCACUACUACACCUCCGGGGGGCCCAGGGCGGCCGGUCUAAGUGCGGACGAGUUCCGGCGGCGGCUGGUACAUGUAUGCGCACGCGAUAUGGCGCACCACAUGGGCGGAGCGUACAAGGCGGCCGUCAUGAUGUGUCUAGAUGGUGAUGAGCUGUGGGGUAGUGCCAAGGGGCUCGCGAAUAGUGAGAAAGAGGGAGAGGCGAGCGGUGAUACAGUUGACGUCGAUGGAUUGAGUAUGGCAGAAUUGUUUUAUCUGCAUGUUUACAGUGUUUUGCGCGGUUGCUGCAAAGUCGCCUAG